AUGCCGGGGAUGCUGGCCGUGGCGCUGCUCUCGGUGGGCGUGUCCCUGUCGCUCUGCGUCGUGCCCGCGCUAGCACGUCUCACGGUCUUUCCCCUGCUCUCGGCGCUCGUGCACAAGUUCGCAGCCGCGUAUUUGACGGACAGCGUCCGCAUUGAGUUUUGCUUUGGCUCGUGUGCCUUGCGCAAGCACCGCAGUGCCGACUCGGAGCUCGUGCGUGGCGUCACGAUCUCGCUCUUCUUUGUCACGGUGCAGAGCGAGUUCCUCAAGUCACUGGCGUUUGUCAAGCAAGGACUCGCACCUGUUGAGCUCCAGCGCGUGGCGAUUGAGAAGAUUGAGAUUCAUGUAGCCACGACGUGGAAAAUGGUGGUGAAACUCGAGGGCGUGAGUGUAGACGGCCGGAUCGUGGACCCUAAUGUGGACGGCGUGUUUGAGCUGCAAGACGCGGUGGCCAUGAAGCUAACUGAAGCGGCGAAUUGGAUCACGCUGCUAGAUGUAGAGCGUAAGAAAACAGAGCUGAGAGUGAAGCGAGAGGAGACGCAAGCAGCGCGCGCUCCUGGAGCGGCAGAUCAAGCUUUUAGUUUCAAAGAUCGCGUGCUGCAGCAGAUUGCGGCACAGGUGGACAUCCACGUCAGCGAGUUGCGAGUUACUAUCACGGGACUGACUCCUGGAGCUGCUGCCGUUGACGGUCAUGAUGAAGUAAACGAAGAGAAGGAUGGCAUGGAUGCAGACGAGGCCACAAAUGGCUCGAUCUCCGGGCUUCUGUUGAAACCUACACGCGUGAGCUUUGCUCUGGACUCGUGUGACGUGUUGUCGGAUGUGUUGCACGAAAACGUAGACGAGGCGUUGCAACUUAUCUUGACGUCAGAGGAGAUCAAGGUGGAGCACGCUAUGAGCAUGAAAGGUGGGAGCAUCUGUGCUACUGUUGUAGACGGUGAAGACGGAAGUGAAGAGGUCGUAGUGGAGAAGAAGGUGGACUUACUGAAGGGCAAAAGGGAAAAGAGCCCUGGCGAAAAACCACUACUGUCCUUUUCAAGUUUGGCCGUAAAGCUGCAUGUACCACCCAUGCCACGAGUACUAGGUAUCGUGGAGGACAUCGCUCCUAUUUCGAUGAUGAACCGUGGGGCGCAAGUGGAGCUACUAUCUUCAUCGACGAUCAACAUCUCGAUCACACGUGAGUUGGUGGUGGGAGUACUUCGCGACCUGGUCGUUCCAUACAAUGACCACCAGGUGCUAGUGCAGUCGGUGCGAACGCUGGAACAUGAUGAAAGUGUUCGCAAGCCCAUUUCUGAGGAGGACGAGAAAUUUUAUGUGAGCAAUUUCGACAAGGAGGAUAGUAACAAGUCGCUAUCUAGCCAACAGAAGGCGGAGAUUAAUGAAAAAUUGCGCACACUUGAAACGGCGAUGUCGCUGAACAAGAUUCUUAAGCUGCGCAGUCGGGCGACUGGAUUGGCCAAGUACUACCGCCGUGAUCAAGACGAGCUUACCCUUGCUGAUGUCAAGGCAAUCGUGCUAGAGAACGCAACUAAGACAAGCAACAUUAUGUUCAGGGUACUGCAGAUCGCGUUGCGCUCGGACAGUAUCGUGAUUGGGUUUGUGGAAAGGGAUCACCAAGUCUCAGAGAUGGCAGUGGUCGGCUUUGGCGCCAAUGUGCGCACCCAUGCAAUUGCGGAAGGUGAGGAAAAGCAGAAACUGGACGUGGAUGUGGUCGUGGGCCAGACGACGUUUUUGGUUAACGUCGAGUCUUCGGCUCCCAAAACUGUUGCUCCCACGGAAAAGCUACUGUUUGCGGACUUUGGCAAUGUGACAACAGAUUCUGACGCGGCAGCGGCGCCACGGAUGCUGAUGGCCCAUAUAAACCAAUUCGAAAAUGGAAAACAUGCUGUUUGUGCUAGCUUGAACAAUGUAAAGGUGAUCCUGGCAGUGGGCGCGCUGGAUACGCUUUUUGCUGUAUGUGGAUCGACUGAGCACGAAGUCUGCGCAAGUUCUGUCGACUGCGCGUCCACCUCCAACACCGGCUACUUACUCUGA